ACCCAGAAUUCCCGGAGUCUCUGUGAUUCACAAACAGGAGAGAGAGAGAGAGAGAGAGAGAGAGAGAGAGAGAGAGAGAGAGAGAGAGAGAGAGAUUAUCAGGUAAGUAAUAAAUAUCAGGAGUUAGGAGAACGAUCAGAUAGGAGAGAGGGUUACAAACCUGUGUGUGUGUGUGUGUGUGUGUGUGUGUGUGUGUGUGUGUGUUUGCUCUUCCUGCAGAGAUUAGGACGAUGAGCUCUUCCACCCAGAGGAUCGGAGUCGUAGGAUAUGGACAUCUAGGUCUGAAGGUCUACCUCAGUUUGUUUUAGUCUCUACUCCUGAGACCUGAAUUCAUUUCUCCCCCUCUCUCUCUCUCUCUCUCUCUCUCUCUCCCUCUCUCCCCCUCUCUCUCUCUCUCUCUCUCUCUCUCUCUUCAGGUCAGUUCUUGGUGGACAGGAUCCUCAGAGAUGGAUCUGGUCUCGGUCUCAGUCUGGCUUUUGUUUGGAACAGAAAUCCAGACAAACUCAGAGGUUUAGUUCCUGAAGACCUGAUCCUCACAGAUCUGUCGUCUUUUUCAGACAGGUGCACACACACACACACACACUCACACUCAUGGAUCUAAACCACUCUAUAUCUAUAACAUGUCUAUAAUAAUAACAGCUCUUCUUCUCUGUUUCCAGGCGCUGUGAUGUGGUCGUAGAGGUUUGUCAUCCACAGAUAAUUGGAGAAUUUGGACCUCACUUCUUGUCUCAGUCUCAUCUCCUGGUGAGUCCUCUCUGCUGUUAACCUGCACAGGUUAUCCUAAAACCUGGAUUUAUCGAAGCAUUAACACCUUAUUGAGAAUUCACAUGAUAUGUUUUCAUGUUGAGGGAAAGAGAGACGGAGAUUAUUUUCAUUUACCAGAAGGUGGAGCUGAAGAAAAGUCCAGAAAUCACAGUUUAAAGAGUUUAAAACAGCCGAUGAAGAAAACAGAGAACAUUAAAGAAACACGAUAUUUAUAAUAAUUAGUAAAUCUGAGGUAGGGCUGGGCGAUAAAACGAUAACUACAUAUAUGGAACAUUAAUCUCCCUCAAUAUCAAUAUAAACAUGAUCAAUAUCCUUUUCGAUCGUCGACAUUCUGACAUGUUUUGGUCGAUUAUAUGAAAAGCCUGGAGGACCUCCUGUAGGACCUGGUUACCCACCUUUAGGGGGCGCCAGAGGUCUUAGGGGGUGUCGGGCUUUACCUGCUCUGAGGUCAUCAGGACUAGAUUUGAACAUAUGAACUAAAAUCCUCUGAGAAGACUUGGAUGGAGAGUCAGUUUUUUUAUCUGUGCAUGAAUGAAGGUGGACCUGAACAUCCAGUCCAGAGAACCUGAGUCCAGGUCUCUGUUCAUCACGGUUCUCGUUCCUCCUCCGCUCAGGUGGGCUCUCCCUCGGCUCUCUCUGACCCUGACCUGAACCAGAAGCUCCGUCAGGCGGCUCAGCAGUCUGGAAACACGCUCUACGUCCCCAGCGGUGCAUUAUGGGGAGGCCAGGACAUCCAGAGGCUGAACGACAGCGGGGGGUUGAAGGUGAGACUCAUCCUGGAGGGGUUCAGGUCGGGUCUUCGAGUUUCUUCUUGAGUUAUUGUGUCCAUGAAGCUGAAGUCACCUGGAUUAUCGUUGGUUUGGUGUUUCAUAAAUAUGAAUAUUGUGUUUCAGUAAAAUGUACAGAAGGAUCCAUGACUGUGUUUCAGAAUAACUUUAAAAUAAACCCUGACAGUCGUGUAAAUCUUGGAUAAAUAAACAGAAAAGGUUUUAAUCGGAAAGUUAAGAUAUUUUAAAUUGAUCCUGAUGUUGCUCCGUUUCUUGUGGACAGACUUUCAUACCACACUUUGACCUACUCUGAUUUUUCUGUCUGUUUAAACUGUUUCCUGUGUGAAUUCAUCUCCUCAGUCGUUGUUCAUCAGGAUGUCCAAACAUCCGUCCUGCUUCAGGCUGACAGGAGACGUCCUCUCCGAGUGGACAGAAGGAGAAGGUAGACGGGUUUUAUUCAAAGGUUCGGUGGCUGAACUUUGUCCUCUCGCUCCAAACAACGUGAACACCAUGGCGGCGGCGGCGGUGGCUGCAGGAUCUCUGGGCUUCUCUGGUGUUCAGGGGGAGAUCGUGUCUGACACAGAGUGAGUCCUCCUGAACAUCUGACUGACCUGAUCGAACCUCCUCAUAUCAGCGAGGAUCUCACUGUUUCUGCUCCUCCUCUUCAUGAAGGUUAAGAGACUUUCAUGUGGUGGAGGUGGAGGUCACCGGACAUGGAGGCUUCUCCGUUCACACUGUGAGGAGGAAUCCCGCCAAACUGGGCGCCGUGACCGGAAGUGCGACGUACAACUCCUUCUGGAACAGUCUACUCGGUGAGUUUAACAAAAAACAGGUUAAUAUGGAAGUAAAACUGUGCCAUCUGAUUUUACAUUUCUAAAGCUGAGUGUUUUUUCACAUCAAAAUUAGACUGAAUCUCUAAACCAUCGAAUUAUAAGUACGCAUUUUUAUUAUUUAUUAUUAUUAUUAUAAAAUCAGAUGGCACAGAUUGACUUCCAUACACAGACCCCAGUGGAAGAUUGAGGAAUCGAUCACUUCUCCCUGGUUACCCAGAUGUUGAGUCAGUCUCUAAUUUUUUUUUGACACUAAAAUUUUUUUUAUGUCGAAUUUAAAGUUGAAUUUUUACUACAUAAAUAUUUUUGAGAGACUGAUUUUUUCACACGGAAUUUAUUUGACAAUCGAUUUUUUUUAAUUUUUUAUUUUUCCAUUAUUAUUGUUUUAAUUAUUAAUAUUUUUUAACAGUUUUUUUUUGUUGAAUUUUUACGAAAUGAAUAUUUUGAGACUUUUUUUUCACACUGAAUUUUUUUCAUCAUUCUGAAAAAAAUUAGCGUCAGAAGUAAAAAUGCGUGCUUGAAAUUCAAAGUCUGAUUUUGAUGCAAAAACAAAUUUUAUCUUUAGAAAUUCAAAUUUAAAAUCAGAUGGCAAAGAUCGACUUCCAUAGGUGAGUCACAUGACCGGGUCUGAGACGGACAUUCAGAGAGGAGGAGUCUAUGUGAGAGACUGUGUGAGCUGAAGGUUCAACAGAUGAGGUUCAAACUGAACCAUGAAAGAGGAGAGCAGACAGAACCAGGAUCCAGAGAACUGUCCUGAGGUCUGAUGGAUCAAAGUCUGACUUUGGUUUUAGAAAUCAUGGAGAGUUUGUGAAUCAGUUAAAAACUCUGAUUGAAUUUUGUCUUUUUGAGGACUUUACUAGAGUCUCGGUUUAAAAGAAUAAACUUGUUUUUCUCCAGUAAGGUUGGUCAUCUAAAACUUUCGUACUCUUCUUCUUCUGUUUUCCUCCAGUUUGUAAAGGUCACGGAGGUCGAGUUUAUCUGUGCUGAAGACCGACCCUGAAACUCCGGAUUCAUCAGGCGGUUUAAGGAGGACGAGUUUCUCAGAUUUGAGUGUUUGAAUAAAGAGUCAAAGAAAGAAGAAGAGGC